AAGAUAUGAAUCUAAAAUCAAAUAAAAAAGAAAAGAUAUGAAUUAAAUACAAAAUCUUAAUCACUUGAUCAACAAGAUAUAUAUAUAGACACGAGUUAUACCAAUUACCAAUCAAUAUCAAAGCUUUUCUCUUUCUUUGCUACUUUUUAUAAAAUUCAUCAUGGAAGAAUAUCGUUGUAAGGCAUGGCUAGGUUUGUCCGAUUCCAAUAGACAAACUAUUUCAUCUGAUGACAACAAGUAUUUCAACAUUCAAUUUGAUUACACAACUAGGUAUGUUCCAAUUAAUACAAUGUUUCAUCAAUCUUCUUUUGGAAAUUUCCGACAAUACACUCUUCGAAACGUCUCGAUGGAUAACAUGAUGGAUGGAACUACCUUUGUGUCAUGGUUUUCUCAUAUAAAUGUUCCUCAAGAUGCUUUCACAUUGGUGCAAGAUGAAAUCAUGAAAGUCGCUUCUGAUAUAGUUUUUCAUGAGACUUAUAAGAAUACUAUUCGAGUCGAUUUUUCUGUUACAAGGGCUUUUGAAGAAGAAGAAGAAGAAGAAGAAGAGGAGGAGGAGAAGAAUAGUUUGCAAGAGGAUGUGAAGAUAAUAGAUGUUGAAGAAGAAGAAGAAGAAGAAGUUAGAAGGGUUCUUGAAUGUGGUGAAUAUGAUUGUAAAGCACGGCUGCUACAUUUGACAGAUUCCAACACACAAACUAUUUCAUGUGAUGACAACAAGUAUUUCAACAUUCAAUUUUAUUACAAAACUAUAUAUGUUUCAACUCUUCAAUCUUCUUUCGAAGACAUUCGACGCUACACUAUGUAUAGCGUCUCAAUGGAUAAAAUGAUGGAUGAAAAUACUUUUGUGUCAUGGUUUUCUGAUAUAAAUGUUCCUCAAGAUGCUUUUAGAUUGGUGCUAAAAGAAAUCAUGCAAUCUGCUUCUAGUAUAGUUCAUGAUGAGACUUAUAAGAACCUAAAGGUUCUUACUAUUCGAGUCGAUUUUGCUGUCGCAAAGGCUAUUGAAGAAGAAGAGGAAGAAGAAGAAGAGGAGGAAGAAGAAGAGAGUAAUAGUUUGGAAGAGGAUGUCGAGAUAAUAGAUGUUGAAGAAGAAGAAGAAGAUAAUGGGUUUGUUGAUGAUGUUACAAGGGUUAUUGAAAUUGAAAUUGAUGAAGGUGAUUAUGAAGUUGAUUAUGAUUUAGAAGAGGAUGAAGAGCUAAUGAUGUUCGAGGAAGAACAUACGAGAUUUAUUCCUGCAACCAAAUCAUGUAUUGAAGAAUUGAAGAUGGUAAAAGUAGAAGAUGUAACAAAAUGUACCAUUUGUCUUGAAGAUGUUAACAUUGGUGUUGCAUUGCCAUGUUCCCACAUAUUUCAUACGAAUUGCAUUCGCGAUUGGUUGGUGAUAGGUCAUUGCUGUCCUUUGUGUCGAUUUCAGUUGCCAACCAGCAACAUGAUGAGUGAAUAAAUAGUGAAAUUAUUAGUUAUUAUGUAAUAAAACAGAGGUUUUUUAGAAUUUGUAGAUGAAUGUUGAUCUCUUUGUUCAUAGUAAUUGUCUCAAUUUAAUUUCUUA